CACUUUUGAUCAUAUGUUUUAAUUUCGUUUGAGCAAGUGCACGUUAGCUGUAGUUGUUGCCGCCAGUGAUAUUAUUCAAUACGUUUGGCACACACAAAGUGUAAUACUCACUACAAAAACUCAAAUGAAGGGUCCAAGGAGUCUCCUGAGCCUGCUGGCAAGUGGAGCACAGCAUAGUCUACGUCACGCUCACGGUCAAAGUUCAGCGAAUAACUUGAAGGCGCUCACAAAACAUUACGAGGAAGUCAGCAUCCCGGUGCCUUGGGGCCACAUUGCAGGCAAAUGGUAUGGCCCGAAGCAUGUUCGUCCCAUUCUGGGCAUGCACGGCUGGCAGGACAAUGCCGGUACCUUCGAUACGCUUGCUCCGCUGCUGCCCAAUCACCUGCCAUUGCUCAGCAUCGAUGCACCUGGCCAUGGACUGUCAUCGUGGUUACCAAAUGGCGUCAUGUAUCACUCCAUUGAUUAUGUGCACAUGAUUCUGCGCAUUAUGGAAGAGUAUAAUUGGGACAAGGUAUCCAUAUUGGGUCACUCGAUGAGCUCGUUCAAUGGCUUUGUGUUCAGUGCCCUGUUCCCCGAUAAAGUGGAUACGUUCAUUGGCCUCGACAUUCUUAAGCCACCCAUACGCAAUAGUAAACAAAUUGUGGAUGCAUUGUCCGAACGUCUGGAGGGUUCGAUGAAGCUAGAGCGAAGGUUACGCAGCGGUGGCGAACCACCAGCUUAUGAAUGGGAUCAACUGGUGGAACGACUGCAUCAAGGCUCCAACAAGUCGAUCGAUAUGGAGGCAUGCAAGUACCUGUUGCAGCGCAAUGUUAAACCCUCGAGUCAUGAGCCGCACAAGUAUUACUUUUCGCGGGACAAUCGACUGAAGACCUCUCAGUUCUACACUCUCUCACUUGAAGUUGUGCUGGAGAUGGCUGCACGUAUUAAGGCGCCACAUCUGUUUAUCAAAGCUCUGCAGGCUCCUUACUAUGAGGAUAAGAAAUAUUAUGAUGCCACGAUGGAGGUGCUGCGCAAGAAUCCGCUGUUCGAGUAUCAAGAAGUUGAGGGAUCGCAUCAUGUGCAUCUCAAUGAGCCCGAGAAGGUGGCGCAUAUUAUCAACUCGUUUAUUAACCGAUGCAGACCCUUAUGAGAGUGUGAUAAAUCCUUACUCAACUGCCCUCCCAGCACUGUACAAACUUAACCCUCCCUUAGCUAAGCUAUUGUUUGAUAUUUAAAUGUUUGACUAUUGACAUUUGUGGCCACAAGACGAACGAAUUUAGACGAUAAGAGUAAUAAAAACGAAACAACAUGUUGAUUCUAUUUAAGUUUAAUUACCGUUUGAUACUGGCAAUAACAUUAAUGUUAGGAUAAAAUUGCAAACAUUGAAAACUUUUGCGAGUUAGUUUUGUAUGUUUGGAAUUAGCGCCGUAACUAAAAUUAACCAAUAAUAAUAAUAGUAAAAUACUACGCACACAAUGCUCUGAAUAAACAUUUCUUGGAUCAUUAUCAUCAAAUUCGUAAUGUUCAUUGUGCGUCGUCCGUUUAUUCAGAAUGUAAAAUGUACAGAACAAUUUAAAAGAAAUUGUUAACCAUGUGGAAAAGUGACGAUCUACGAUUUUGGGGAAUCUUGAGCUGUGCACGGCACAACCGAAUAGAUCGUCAACAUUUCUCCAUAUCUUACAACAUAAAAUUAAACAAUUUUUAAAAAUAAAUUAAAUUAUGCAUGCGUAGUUUACAAUUAGCUAA